CUUCAGAAUCACUUCGUGAUUUCCAACACCGACUGUGGUAUUAGUAUUAUUCUCCGAAGAAUUAGGGGCUUGGAUUCUGUCGAAUGCCUAGUGAAUUGAAGUAACUGAUCGAAAAUCUCAGCGGAUCAGUAAACGAAGUGGCAUUAAAUGAGGCUCUUACAUUUGGCAUUCAUCGUUGCUUUAGCAUCUGGAGUUGCAGCUAUUCUCAUCUAUAUCACCGGCGUUUCUAACCUAAACGGAACACUCAACAUUUCGGAUGAAGAAAUGGAAGCGUUGCAGUCGUUGCAAAGUGGAUUUCAAAAGUGUGUGAGGGCCAAUGGAUUAGGACUGCAGGCUAUCAAUGGCAGAGACUACUGCAAAGUUACACUACAGUUCCCUAGUGAUACCAUCCCCAAAUGGAAAGACCCCAAAACUGGGAAUGUAGAGGGCUUAUCUUUCGAGUUCAAUCUGUGUGAAGCAGUUGCCACAUGGGAGCAGGUACGAAACAGUACAACCAUUCUCACCAAGGAAUUCAUUGAUGCUUUACCUAAUGGAUGGAAAGAUUAUGCAUGGCGGAGGAUUAAUAAAGGAAUACUCCUUAACAACUGUGCAAAUAAAACUCUAUGCAUGGAGAAACUUUCUUUGGUAUUACCUGAAACACCACCAUAUGUCCCACACCAGUUUAAACGCUGUGCAGUUAUUGGUAACUCAGGAGAUCUGUUAAAAACAAAGUUUGGUAAAGAGAUUGAUGAUUAUGAUGCUGUUCUAAGGGAAAAUGGUGCACCAAUCCAGAAUUACACAGAACAUGUGGGUCAUAAAAGUACAUUUCGCCUACUCAACCGAGGUUCUGCUAAAGCUCUGGAUAAAGUUGCUGAGUUAUAUGAUGCUGGAAAAGAGGUGCUGCUUGUCAAAACUACAAUCCAUGACAUCAUGAACAAAAUGAUUCGGGAAGUUCCAAUUCUCAAUCGCGUAUAUCUCAUGUUAGGUGCAUCAUUUGGUUCAGCAGCAAAGGGAACUGGGCUCAAGGCUCUUGAGUUUGCUCUUUCAGUAUGUGAUACAGUUGACAUGUAUGGAUUUACAGUGGAUCCCGGCUAUAAAGAAUGGACAAGAUAUUUCUCAGAGUCUCGACAAGGUCAUACCCCGUUGCAGGGUAGGGCUUACUACCAGAUGAUGGAGUGUUUAGGACUUAUCAAGAUUCAUUCUCCUAUGCGGGCUGAUCCAAACCGUGUUGUGAAAUGGGUACCCAGCCAGAGUACUAUCACUGCUGCCAGACGUGCAUCAGAGAAAAUGCUGAGGUGGGUUGCAGCAGGGUCAGAUGACCCACUGGCAUCUUGUUCCAUGAUCAAAAAGAAGCUUCAGAAAAGUCAAUAUCCAAGCCUCAGAAAGGCUGCUUUGGAUCAUCAAAAAUAUGUGAAAGAGACGACAAUGUACCCUUUGGAGCAUAGUCCAGGACAUAGUCAACUCUGCACACAUACUAGCAUAGACUUAACCAUAUACUGUUGGCUGGCAUUUCUGAUCACAUCUGGAGGAAGUUUUGGUUUCAUUGCAACACACUUGUAAAAUUAUGUAUUCAUUGCUCUUUCAUUUUGUACACAUCAUUUAUGUUUUUGCUUCUUUAUAGGUUUUACUGUAUUCACUGCUUGGGUGCCAAUUCUGAAGAGGUUCUGGUUCUAAUAUUUGUAAUUGAAAUAGUUGCUAGGAAUCUGAUAUCCUCCGUGUCAACUGGUUAUAUAUAUUUUUAACUUAUUUUUUAACAUUCAAACUAGAUAAAAUCUGGCUUCAACAA